CGCAUUGUCUAGCACGGUCAACAGUUGAUCAUACGCAGUUGACGCGGCCGGGUGUUCAGGCGGUUAAGCAAGUGUCGCAGAGCUCCAGCAUCCGAAAAAAUGGCAUCCACAGAAAACGGAACAGUCGACGAGCAGCCACCGAAAUUGCCCGCAUGGUUGAACGAAGCGUUUUUCGAGGACAUUUUUGUCAGCCAGCAUCGUCUAGCUCCGGGCAAGUUCAAGGUUUUAAUCAACAGUAUCAUUCCGACGGGCGGCGCAGGGGAGAAUUACACUUCAUCGCUGUAUCGCGCCAAUGUGGAUGCCAUUUGUGAUGAUGGCAGCACCAACACCCUCGCGGUCAUCAUCAAAGCCAUCAUCACCAUGCCGGAGAUGAAGAGUUUCAGCGUAUUCGCUCGGGAGAAGCACGUCUACGAGGAAACACUCCCGGCAAUGGAGCAGCUCUGGGCAGAGACCGGUGAAACCAUCCGGUUUGGCCCGCGGUGUUGGAAAACAGUUGAAGGCGACACGGACAUCAUUGUGCUGGAUGAUCUAGGUAUUGAAGGAUAUAGUGUGGCCAAUCGGCAGAAAGGUGUAGGGAUGGAGCACGCGCAAGUAUUGCUGUCAAAACUCGCCAAAUUUCAUGCUGCUGGUGCCGUGCUUUAUCGGAAGAAUGGACCAGCCACACCGUUGUAUGACUGCAUGCUGAUUGAUCCAGCAGGGAAAAGUUUUAUGGAACAAUAUUACAAAGUAAUCAAACCGGUGUUUUUCGGUAUUCUAUCUUCCACGCCGGAAGAUGAACGGUAUAAAUCGAAAAUGGAAAAGAGUAUGGAAAAUGAUUUUGAGAAGACAACUGCAGCUCUCUCAUUUGACGAUUCAGAUUUCGUAGCGCUUUGUCAUGCAGACAUGUGGACGAACAACCACAUGUACAGCUAUCACAAGUCUGGCACUCCUAAAGAUGCUCUACUGAUCGAUUAUCAAGGCCCAUUCUAUGGCUCGCCGGUGUCAGAUUUGUUCUACUACAUUAUAAGUUCGCCUUCGCUGGAGUUGAAAUCUACGCGAUUCGAUGAAAUGAUUCAGUAUUAUCACUCUCAACUGGCUGAAGCAUUGAAGAAACUAGCAUAUCCGGGUACCAUUCCCAGUCUGAGGGACAUUCACAUAGAUAUGUUGAAACGUGGCUACUUUGGAAUGCAAUGCUUGUACGGAAUCCUUCCAGUUGUACUGGCGGACAAAAGUGAGAACGCCAACAUGGACGGGUUUUUCGGCGAAAGCGAAGAAAACCAAAAGUUCCGACGGGAUGUCUAUAAUAACCCACUGUAUUACAAACAUUUGAAGCCGCUGUUAAAGCUUUUUGAUUCUCGAGGGUUACUGGAUUUUGAGUAAAAAUGCCUAAUUUAUAAAGCA